UUCGUCAGAGAAGCUUGAUAUAUCUUGGGAUGGGAGACAGCACACAGAAUUUGAGAAAGAAAAGAAAAACCUGAAAUUUCGUUCGUCUUACUAAAAAUUAAAAAAGAAAGAAACCAGCUUCUUUGUGGAGAUGGAGGAGGAGUCAGAGAUCGUGAGCGCAGCGAAACCAAGAGGGAAGAAAGACGUUGCUCCAGGGAGGUUGAUCGAUACCUUUGCGGCACAAUGCGAAAAGUGUCACAAGUGGAGGGUGAUUGAUAGCCAGGAGGAGUACGAGGAUAUCAGAAGUAGAAUGCUCGAGGACCCUUUUAGCUGCGACAAGAAACACGUGUCCUGUCAAGACCCCGCAGAUCUUGACUACGAUUCCUCUCGAACAUGGGUCAUCGACAAGCCUGGUCUGCCCAAAACCCCCAAAGGUUUCAAGAGGAGCUUAGUUCUGAGAAAAGACUACUCUAAGAUGGAUACUUACUAUAUAACUCCAACCGGGAAGAAGCUGAGGAGUCGCAAUGAAGUCGCAUCCUACGUUGAAGCCAAUCCAGAAUUCAAGAAUGCACCGCUUGGAGACUUCACUUUCACUGUCCCAAAGGUGAUGGAAGACACCCUUCCCUCCUGAUCCUAAGCUUUGGCUCUCCUUAUUCCUAUUAAUUCAGACAAGAGCAGCUUUAAGCAAAUCAAAAAAGGAUAUUAUAUGAUCACUGGGUUCACCAACUUUUUCGACUUUUCGUCUGCUCCUUUAAUCUAAUGCAUUGCAAGUUGUGUA